AUGGAUCCAGAAUCCAACCAAGCUUUAACUGACGAAUGGAAGGCAGAAGCAGGGUUGCUUCUUUCCUCCCAACUGUUGCUGGAGUACAAUGCAUUUUAUUUCUAUGCAGCAUGUGCCGCUCACUUUGGGAAUCCCAAUGUCUGUCUUAAGGGACUAGAAAGGUUUUUCAAAGAAAGUAGUCUCGACGAAAACGAGCAUGCCCAGCGGAUCAUUAACUUCAUGAAUAUGAGAAGUCUGAAUAUUGAGUUCCGGACCAUAGAAGCCCCAGACAUUAAAAGGUAUGAGAAGACAAGCGACAUUCUUAAGGCCAGUAAGGAAUUUGAACAAACCGUGCUUAACAAUAUACUGACCGUCUCUGAAAUAGCUGCAAAGGCUGGGGAUGGAUCUAUUGUCGAAUUCUUUGAGGAUUUUAUUGCUGAGCAGGUGAAGUCCAUUUCAGAAUUCAAUGAUCUAUAUGUCAACUGCGUUAGGUGUGGGGACGAUGGCAUGGGAUUAUUCCUCUUUGACCAAUCACUACUAAAGUAA